CAUACUCUAUAUGGCUCCUAUAACUUCUAUAAGUUUAUGGGUCUAGACUUUGCACUGUGAGUCAUCUCCUUUAGUCAACGUCGUUUCUUGAGCUACAGGUUUCGCAGGGGAUCAGAAACCUAGAAGAGAAACAACAAUGACUCAGUACAAUCAACCUCCCGUUGGGGUUCCUCCUCCUCAAGGUUAUCCACCGGAGGGGUAUCCACCGCAGGGUUAUCCGCCGCAAGGCUACCCACAGCAGGGUUACCCUCAGCAAGGCUAUCCUCCUCCGUAUGCGCCCCAAUAUCCUCCACCACAGCAGAAUCAGCAGCCGCAACAACAGAGCAGUACUACUGGGUGUCUAGAAGGAUGUCUUGCUGCUCUCUGCUGUUGCUGGCUAUUCCAAUGUUGCGCAGAUGUGGUACUUUAAUUGCAAGAGAGUGUUUGCAACACAAGAACCUUGGUUGGAAUUAAAAUAAAUUGUUGGAUAUAUUCUCUCGUCUAUUAUAUUUCCUUUCUGUUUUCAUGUUCUUCGGUUAAAAAACUGUUGUCUAUCGACGUUCUAGCUCGACUUGGAUUUGAGAAAAGUGGGAGUGUAAACUGGUGUAGUGACAUUAGUGCUUUGCCUCAUUCAGUCUUUUUUUUUUUGAACAUA